UGGCAGGCCAACUUCCCGUAUGCCGUUUCCGGCGCCCCGCUUGUCGGAGGCGGGGCGGCAGUUGGGGGAAGUGUGCCAUGAGGCUUCGGGCGCGCUUUCUGCCAACCGUGAGAGAGCUUUUGGCGCGGGGCUCCGGUAAGGCCUGCGAGUGUAGCUGUGUCAACGUGUUAUGAUGCCGUCUCGUACCAACCUGACUACUGGAAUCCCCAGUAGUAAAGUGAAAUACUCAAGGCUCUCCAGUACAGACGAUGGCUACAUUGACCUUCAGUUUAAGAAAAGCCCUCCUAAGAUCCCAUAUAAGGCCAUUGCGCUUGCUACAGUGCUGUUUUUGAUUGGCGCCUUUCUCAUUAUCAUAGGCUCCCUCCUGCUGGCAGGCUAUAUCAGCAAAGGGGGGGCAGACCGGGCUGUUCCUGUCCUGAUCAUUGGCAUCCUGGUGUUCCUGCCAGGAUUCUACCACCUGCGCAUCGCCUACUAUGCAUCCAAAGGCUACCGGGGUUACUCUUAUGAUGACAUUCCAGACUUUGAUGACUGACAUCCACCUCAGCCCUGAGGAGAAGAGUCACAGAUGAGACUGAGCCUGACUUUAUGACAUUGAGCAGGAACUAUGUGUAGGGACUAAGGAUUUCUGCAACUGGCAGAUGUUUAACAAAACAGUGGCCAGAUUUUAAUGGGUCUGUCCUAAAGAUGUUAAUUGAAUUUACAACUAGCUCAUUAGGAUAGUCUCUAAUUUUCAUCUCCUGGCCCUGAGACAAAUUUUUCCAUAUGCAUAUGUAUCACGAAGAGUAGCAGUGUUAAUUGCAUGAGAAAGUGGGAGGUUAUUCUUCAGCUUUUGCUGCCACCAUCAUUUUUAGAGUUAAGCAUUUCUUUCAACUAGUCCUCAAUGUCAGUAUGUUCUUGUGGCAAAUGAAAGAAUGCAGUAUGUCAGAUUUCUUGUCACUAAGUAAUUUGAAAAUAGAUCUAAGUGUCUUAUCCCCAUACUCAUCAUGGCAAAAUCAAAUAUCAGUGUGGGUGCAUCUGUAAUUUUUUUACUUGAUUUUUUUUUUAACUCAAUGCAUUUUUUUUUAACUCAAUGAAUUUAUUACUUUACUUACUUUCUUAUUAACAGCAACUAGGAAUUUUUAAAACCUCAGACCAAGGUUUCAAAAUGUAAACACUUUGUUCACCAAUCCUUGGCCCCAUCUCUGAUGUGGUUCACUGAUAGCUUGGCCAGUGUAUAGUUCGGAUCAUUCUGUCCUUUUAGAUAAAGAUGUUCUGUAUAUCAUACCUUUAAGGACUGGAUUUUUGGCAGAUGUUCUGUAUGUCAUACCUUUAAGGACUGGAUUUUUGGCUGUUUCCUAAGGGGAAAAUAUAGAUAAGUGGUUAUUAUUUAGAGUUUUUAACCUGACGUUAGCAUCUUGUAUUUAUGAUGACAUUGUGCUGAAGAUUGUAAGCAUUGGCCUGGAUCUCUAGAGGAUUAGACUGCCUUAGUUUGAUUGGUUUCCUAGCUUGCAAAAAGUGACUAAUAUUCAGAAGAAAUUAAAAUGUCAAAAUCUAAAUCCUAGACUUUUAACAUACUUCAGAAAACAUGUUAAUGAUUAUAUUAUAUCACUGAUCCCAGUA